CUGCAGGGGACUCUCCCGAGGACUCAGCGUCCUGAGGACUUAAUAUUCUCAUUAAGUGCAGGAGCCAUCUGGUAGAUCUCUGUCUCUGCCCUUAGUCCAUUCCCUGAAGUGUCUCUUGAUAUUCUUCCUCUUUUGUUAAACUGGGAACUAGCCAAGAGAGUGAGAAGGAAGCAGAUGAGAGAAAAACACAGAGAAAACUUGAACAAGCAGAACAUCAAUGCCCCGGGCUCUGCUACACAUACCUGGAUACCACUGGGGACCUGGAUUUUCUGGGGACAGCGCCCAGUGACACAAGACCAUGGUGCUGUCCCCAGCUCUGCUCCUUCUCUGCCUCCCAGGUUGUUUGUCUCUGACCUGCCCCAGGUCUGUCACUGGCACCGUGGGAGGCUCUCUGCAUGUGCAGUGUCAUUAUGAAAAAUCAUAUGAGGCUAAUAAUAAAUACUGGUGCCAAGGAAAUGAUGACAUAGAAUGUCGGACCAUCGUGGAGACCAAAGGAAAAGAAAGGAAUGGUCGUGUGUCCAUCAGAGACGAUGCUGGGGACCACACCCUGACAGUGACCAUGGAGAACCUCAGUGAAGAUGAUGCUGGAUCUUACUGGUGCAAAAUCCAGACAUACUGGAUCUGGGAUUCAUUGUCACGUGAUCCUUCAGUCUUGGUCAAGGUGUACGUUUCUCCAGCCACAACUCCCAUGGAGACUACACUCCCAGCCACAACUUCCACUUUCCCACUAGUAAACACCUCCUCACUAGUGAACGCUGGGCAGAGCCUGAAUGUCAGCACCAAGAAGAUGUUCAUCCCCCAACUGUGGUCCCUGCUCAGCAGCAUCCACUUCCUGGUUCUGGUCUUCCUGAAGCUGCCCCUGUUGCUGAGCAUGCUUUGUGCUGUCUUCUGGGUGAACAGACCUCAAGGGCUCCUAGGGGAAGGUAGAGUCACCUGUCCAGGAGCCCUGAAGUGAAGCAUCUCAAGAGUGCCCCGGGCAGGGAUGUAGCCCUGCAGACUGGAUGAGAGACACAUUUGACUCUGGAUUCCGUAGCAGGGGGGCAGCAAUGCCUGAAUCCUGGAAGGACUUACUUUUCCUGUGGCUCAAAAGAGGGUCCUGGUUAUCAGAGUGUCAGGAGCCAUGCUUGCCAUGAGCAUAGGAAAAAAGAAGAGUGCCACUUUAAGAGCUUCUGAGCUCUCUGCUUCAGGGGUCUGAGCUGACAGGCUGUGUCUCCAUGAUAAAUCAGGUCUUCUAGAAAGUUAGUUUUCGGUUCGGUCUUUGGGCACUGGAGUUGGUGAGGUAAUGCAGCAACGUGCUGCGUCCGUAGUUACUUUCUGUUAGUAAAAUAUCCUUGGUGAUUCCUUGGUUACCCCAAAUCUGAUUCCUAUAUAAGAUCCGUGUUCCUCACAACAAGAAGCCAUUUCUGUGAUUGCUCACCUGACUGCUAAGAACUAAACUUUUUAUAAUAAAAUCAAGACCUU